AACUCCUAAACUGCUGUCAUUUUCUGUUGGUGUCAUCUGUCAUUUAUUGACGUGAAAACUAGCGUAUAGUGCGGAUUCGGAAAAUCCAACACUCGAUAAAAACUGCAAAAUGUCGCUGUGGUCUACUUUGAACCGCAAUGUGUUCAAAAGAACCUCAACUUUUGCUGUUGCUGUUGCGGGUGGAACAUUCUUCUUUGAAAGAACCUUCGAAUUGAUAUCAGUUACGAUUUUUGAGAGCGUAAAUAAGGGAAAACUAUGGAAGGACAUCAAGCACAAGUAUGAAUAAAAAAAACUGUUGUAACUGAUUAAUUGUUUAGUUAUAUUAACAUGAUUAAAUUAUACUAAUUUA